UCCUGCCCAAAGGCUCACGUUCUUGCAGCGUCGGCCGUCGGGACUGCUCUCUGCCUAGUGUGUUUCUGCUAACUUUUGUCUUACCCCAAAGGUUGACUUCCUUGUAGCACAGGGUCUCGUGGCAGCCUUCACCACCCGUCGGCCAUCAGGGGCAUCUUUUCGUUUUGCAAGGAUUAUAGUGUAUUAUAAUUCUUAUCGUUAUAAUGUCAAAACCCAACAUUAGCCAAAAUGUAUUUUGACUCAUGUAGGCCUACAGAAGAGAGAAGUGGUAAGCGGGUAUGGAGAGGAGAGGAGCUCUGGCUCUCAACUAAGCAGAAGUUCGACAACUGAACGGAAGUGUUACGACCCUCAAGACAGAACAUUUACAUUUGUGGAUGGAGUUGAUGAUUUAGAUUUUUUGUGCGAGGACUUCAAGUCUCUCAGAGCAAAGAUGUCCUGUGGUCAUGCCGUCACUCCGAUGUCUCUCACCAACUGGUGUCGAGAAGUGGGAAGCGGGUAUGGAGAGGAGAGGAGCUCUGGCUCUCAACUAAGCAGAAGUUCGACAACUGAACGGAAGUGUUAUGACCCUCAAGACAGAACAUUUACAUUUGUGGAUGGAGUUGAUGAUUUAGAUUUUUUGUGCGAGGACUUCAAGUCUCUCAGAGCAAAGAUGUCCUGUGGUCAUGCCGUCACUCCGAUGUCUCUCACCAACUGGUGUCGCAGGUUGCUGGACCAGGGUGAGUGCAGAUUUGUGUGCGGCCAAACUGACUGUCAUGUUGAGUGGCCGUUUGAGGAGGUUUGUAAAAUGGCUCUUCUAACUAAAGAAGAAAUGGAGUACUUUGAAAAAACACUCUUCAGUAAUGUUGCACAGGAUUACUUGGAUGUCAAAUUAUGUCCUGGCUGCAAGUCUCGCGUGGUGAGAGCUGAUCUCAACAAUCUGUGUGUUGAAUGCACAAUGUGCACACCUGGCAAUAAAAUGCCUUAUAUGUUCUGCUGGCAGUGUUUGAGGGAAUGGAGAGGUCCGGCUCCACGUUCAGACCGCUGUGAAAACAAUUGCUGCAUCAGUCAGCCACUAGGAACACUGAGAGACUGUCCAGAGAUAAUCUUCAAUGAUGUUAAGGGUGUCACUGGCUGUCCCUCUAUCCGUGCCUGCCCCACCUGUGGUUUUCUGGUGGAGCAUAACAAAACUCAAUGUAAAACCAUCAUCUGCCCUCGUUGUAAGGUGAAGUUCUGUUUUGUGUGUCUGAAGUUCACUGAGGAGUGCCUGAAGCUCAAUCCAUACAAUCUUUGCUCCACUGGUGUUGCCCCUAGACAGACUUCUUUACCUGUGUGGCAUAGAAAAUAAUUCGGUUGAUUUAACGCUGUGAUCUCAAGAAAAACAAAUUACUGUUUUUAAAAAAGGUUGUUAAGAUUCCCAAUCAUUAUAACUAUUACUUAGACAGGAACUUAACACCAUAUAUACAUAGGGUACUAAAGUUUGGAACAACUCCACUACAUGAAAAUUACUUGGUUUGGUCUGUUUUUGUAACUUUGUCUAACUUCAGUUUCAUUAUCAAACUAAUCGUGAUACAUUGGUGAAAGCACUGUAAACAAAUUACAAUGAUGAAAGAAGUAUUAAGAUCAUUUACUUAUGUAAAAGUAGCAAUACUACACAAUCAACAUUUUAAAUAAAGUAAAAGUACAAAAGUAUUAUUAGCUAAAUUUAAAAGUCUUCAUUGUGCAGAAAGGCCCCUUUCAUUGGUAUAUUAAUACUAUAUUGGAUAAUUCCGUAUUAAUACAUAAAAGUGUACAUAGUACAUACAUGUUGUGAGGUGGAGGUCAUUUUAACUACUUUGGGGUAAUUUAAUCUAUAACAAUGCAUCGCAUUUUUAAACUGAUCAGAUGUAAAAUCUAAAUCUGACAAGUUACUAUAGCUGUCCUGUGACAAGUAGUAGUGAAAUAAAAGUAUAAAGAAUCA